GCAUCUUUGUAUCGUAAAAAGUACCGUUAUAGUACGCGUCAUACGUAUAUACGGCUAUGCACGCGAGUUUCACACUAUACGUGUGUGAGUAGUGCGACUACGAUCGUGCGCUGUGCGCCUCGCGACAGCUCGGCUCAUUCGGCUGUAUCGCCAAAUACAGCUGCCGACGCUUCGGACGUUCUAGCAGAACUGUCAGCGUCCGGUCCGUUUAUUCUGUUUCUCCCUACGACUCGGUUCUUAUUUCAUCUUUGUCACCCUUCUGCGCGAGAAUGCGAGACCGUGGACGAACGUAGGACACGAGUCUCCUCCCGAGGAAGGCGGCAGAGAGACGUGUGUCUGCUCCGCGUGUGUCAGGCCGCGGUUAUGUUUUUCGAUGGAGAGUACUUUAGCGACAAUGGCAGCAACGUCCCCGUCGAAGAGAAGACUGCAGAAGGAGUUGAUGUCUUUAAUACGUGAGCCUCCACCAGGUGUACACGUAGAUGCAGAAUUGGCUGGACAAAAUUUGACACAAUGGAUUGUCCACAUGGAAGGUGCUAAGGGCACGCUGUAUGAGGGGGAACAAUUUCAGCUUCAAUUUAAGUUUAGUUCAAAAUACCCGUUUGAUUCGCCAGAAGUGACUUUUAUUGGUGAAAAUAUCCCUGUACAUCCACAUGUUUAUAGUAAUGGUCAUAUUUGUUUAUCCAUAUUAACGGAAGAUUGGUCUCCUGCUCUCAGUGUGCAAAGCAUCUGCCUGAGUAUCAUUUCCAUGCUAAGCAGCUGUAAAGAAAAGAAGAGACCACCUGAUAAUACAUUUUAUGUGAAAACUUGCAACAAGAAUCCAAAAAAGACAAAAUGGUGGUAUCAUGAUGACAGUGUUUAACAUUGAAAAUCAUAUAAAGAUCUUGUCAACUUGUCAACAUUUGUUGGACCAAGUGGGAUAACAUCCAAAUAUGGAACCUGAUGCAAAUUAAUAGAAUUUUUGCAUAUAAUAUUAUAUUAUAUAGUAAAGUCAAUAUAACAAGAAAUUAGUACUUUUAAGGAAAGACAAGGCUACAACUUACUUAUUAUUAUAAUUAUAGAAUUAAUGCAAACUGCGUGAAUUGUUUAAUCAUAAAUUAUUGCAAUGUUGCUAAUAGCGAAGCAUAUUUUAGUUAUAGAAUUAUUAUCAGGAUCAGUAAAUU